GCGCUCGAGUGCACUGCAGAGAACCCUGAGCGCCGAGCGUGGAGACAGAGCCUGCGGGUCCCGGUAGGGCAGGCGCAGCGCUGAGGCACAGUCCUUGCGCUUCCAGGACAGAUGUGCCGGGGUGUCGGGGCGCGCGAACCUGAGCUCGGGUGAAGUUCUCAGAAAGGGCGAGACUGCGGAUACGAGAUGCAGGCGGAGGACCCCUGCGGCUCCAGCGCCCCUGGUGUCCCAGGACCUCCGGGCGCGCCCAGCCCCGAGCCGCGCCUGUCCCGCCAGCUGCUGCCCAAGCUCUACACUUUCGUGGCACCCGUGCUUUUCUACCUGGCGCCCGUCUACCUGGCCGGCUACCUGGGGCUCAGCAUAACCUGGUUGCUGCUCGGCGCCUUGCUGUGGAUGUGGUGGCGUAAAAACCGCCUCGGGAAGCUGGAGCGCCUGGCGGCCGCCUUCGAAUUCCUAGACAACGAACGCCAGUUCAUCAGCCGUGAGCUGCAAGGCCAGCACCUGCCCGCCUGGAUCCACUUCCCGGACGUGGAGCGGGUAGAGUGGGCGAAUAAGAUUAUCUCUCAGAUCUGGCCCUACCUAAGCAUGAUUAUGGAAAACAAGUUCCGCGAGAAACUCGAGCCCAAGAUCCGGGAGAAGAGUGUCCACCUGAGGUCCUUUACCUUCACCAAGCUCUACUUUGGACAGAAGUGCCCCAAGAUCAGUGGUGUCAAGGCACACACUAACAAGUGCAACCGAAGACAGGUGGUCCUGGACCUGCAGAUAUGCUACAUCGGGGACUGUGAGAUCAGCGUGGAGCUGCAGAAGAUUCAAGCUGGUGUGAAUGGGAUCCAGUUGCAGGGCACACUGCGGGUCAUCCUGGAGCCCCUCCUGGUGGACAAGCCUUUUGUGGGAGCUGUGACCGUGUUCUUCCUUCAAAAGCCGCACCUGCAGAUUAACUGGACAGGCCUGACCAACCUGCUGGAUGCGCCAGGAAUCAACGACGUGUCGGACAGCCUGCUGGAGGACCUCAUCGCCACCUACCUGGUGCUGCCCAACCGUGUGACUGUGCCCGUGAAGAGGGGGCUGGACGUGACCAACCUGCGCUUCCCUCUGCCCUGCGGGGUGAUCAGAGUCCACUUACUGGAGGCAGAGGAGCUGGCCCAGAAGGACCACUUCCUGGGACUCAGAGGCAAGUCAGACCCCUACGCCAAGGUGAGCAUUGGCCUGCAGCAUUUCCGGAGCAGGACCAUCUACAGGAACCUGAACCCCACCUGGAACGAAGUGUUUGAGUUAAUAGUGUAUGAAGUCCCUGGGCAGGACCUGGAGGUGGACCUAUAUGAUGAGGAUACCGAUAGGGAUGACUUCUUGGGCAGCUUACAGAUCUGCCUCGGAGAUGUCAUGACCAACAGACUGGUGGAUGAGUGGUUUGUUCUGAGUGACACUACCAGUGGGCGGCUGCACCUGCGGCUGGAGUGGCUUUCACUGAUCACUGACCAGAAAACCCUGGCUGAGGAGCAUGGCAGCCUCUCCACUGCCAUCCUUGUGGUCUUCCUGGAGAGCGCCUGCAACCUGCCGAGAAGCCCCUUUGACUACCUGAAUGGUGAAUAUCGAGCCAAAAAACUCUCCAGGUUUGCCAAGAAUAAGGUCAGCAGAGACCCUUCUUCCUAUGUCAGGCUGUCUGUAGGCAAGAAGACACAUACAAGCAAGAUCUGUCCCCACAGCAAGGACCCUGUAUGGAACCAGGUGUUCUCCUUCUUUUUACACAAUGUGGCAGCUGAACAGCUCCAUCUGAAGGUGCUUGAUGACAACCAGGAGUAUGCUCUGGGAGUGUUGGAGCUUCCCCUCUGCCAGAUCCUCCCCUCUGCUGACCUCACCCUGGAGCAGCGCUUUCAGCUGGACCACUCGGGCCUGGAUAGUCUCAUCUCCAUGAGGCUGGUACUGCGGUUCCUGCAUAUGGAGGAACGAGAACUGGGGAGCCCGUACACGGGAUCUGAAUCCCUAAAGAAAGGCCCUCUGUUCAUCAAGAAGGUGGAUGCCAACCAGGGCCCCAAAGCCCCACUCCAGGGAGAGGACCCUGCAGAUAUAGCAUGUCCUAUAGACCCUGCUUCUGACACCAAAGUGGUUUCCAAAAGCACCACAACAACCAGUGCCUCUACUGCUGCCACAAAGCCCACACUCCAAGAGACAGGCCCAGGGCUCAAAGGCAAGGACAGUGCCAAAGUGUUGUGUGAGCCCACGGGGGAGAAGAAGAGUUCAGCCACCAUGUUCCUGACUGUCCCAGGCCCCCACUCUCCAGGGCCCAUCAAGUCACACAGACCCAUGAAAUGCCCUGCCUCCCCAUUUGCAUUGCCGCCCAAGAGGCUGGCUUGCAGCAUGUCCUCGCUCAACUCCCUGGCCUCCUCCUGCUUUGACCUGACAGCUGUCAGCCUCAAUAUUGAAGGCCGGAAUCUGAGCAAGGGGCAGCUAGGCCAGAUUCAGCUCACAGUGCGCUAUGUGAGUCUGCGGCGCUGCCUCAGGGUACUAAUUAAUGGCUGCAGAAACCUGACACCCUGUACCAGCAGUGGAGCUGAUCCCUAUGUCCGGGUCUACUUGUUACCUGAAAGGAGGUGGAUAAGUCGAAAGAAGACCUCAGUGAAGCGAAAGACACUGGAGCCCCUGUUUGAUGAGACAUUUGAAUUUUUUGUUCCCAUGGAAGAAGUAAAGACAAGGUCAUUAGACGUCGCAGUGAAAAACAGUCGGCCACUUGGCUCACACAGAAGAAAGGAGCUAGGAAAAGUACUGAUUGAUUUAUCAAAAGAAGAUCUGAUUAAGGGCUUUUCACAAUGGUAUGAGCUGACUCCAGAUGGACAGCCCAGAAGUUGAGCACCACUAUCACCUUCACUUCUUUAGAGUAAAAUGUAUAUAUAUAUAUGUAUAUUUUGUAAUUUAAAUCAGAACAGCCAUUUGAAAAUAUAAAUUCUUGUGUGCAAUCCAACUGUUUUUUUUAAAUGGCUGGAUGAUAUUAGGAAAAAUAUGUAAAGGCAAGAACUACUCUCUCAGUUGGAUUUUAUUGUUCAAAUCCAGAAAGAAAUGGGUAUUUGUGCCUAGUAAAUCAUUAUCUGAACCUCAGUAGUUAUUUUUUCACUUUUGGUAAGUAAUUACAGACCAUCUGAUUCAGAACUGACCUGUAUGUAGCAAAAGUGUUCUGCCUCUGAAUGGGGGUUGUGGAAGCAGUUAUCAAUCUUCCUGGGCAGUGACCAACUGAGGGAGGAGGCUUCUUUUAUGGAAAUAAAAAUGACCCACCCCAACACUGCCAAGAGCUAAUACUGUCAAAGCCCUGCCUGCUGCCACUUCUAAGCUUGGAGAUUUGUUCUGGUACCUGAUUUGGAACUUUUACUUUCCUGAUGGUAACAAUGGUAUCAUGAUACACUUGAAUAUCUUGUGUGGCAUUCUCUCCAUAGGGAAAUGCUAGGGAAGUUCCAAACCCAGGUCUACAUCUGAACUCCCAUAACAGAACACUGGAGACUACUGAAGGGUGUCAUUGCCAGAAAGGAAAGAGAGCUUCCUGUAUCUCAGACAGGUUUAGGAAUUCUGCUACACAUUUUCACAAGAUGGCUGGUUCAGCUAAAUCACAUUUUAAAAGCAAAAUAAUGUAAAUUGUAUAUUUAAGUAAGUGCAUCUUCUGCCUUUCAAACUUUAUAAAAGCAAAUGCACUGUUUGUCCCUUCUGACUUUCCUAGAACUGUUGGAGACAUCACAUUUCUCUCAUCCACUCAAGUACCAUCCUCACCACUGUCUUCACUGCAGGUUUUCUUGUUUAACUUCAUUAGUAAUCAGGGAAAUAUACAUUAAAAACUAUAGCAACAGCUCUAUACAGCACACUAGCAAAAAAAUAAGAAGUCUGACUUACCAGAAUUGGUGAGGAUGUAGAAAAGUGGGAACUUGCAUAUACUGUUGGUGGUAGUAUAAGUUGGUACAAUCAUUUUAGAAAAGAGUUUAGAAGGAAAUGUUAAAGUUGAAGCUACAACCCUUUCAAAGUUAUCAUGUUGUAUAACUCCAGAGGCUCCAUUCACAUUGUUAUCUGUAGAAAGGGUACUGCCUCAAAUUUUACAUUUUAUAGUCUGUGUGGCUGUACACAGAAGUGAUUUCCCCUAUAAACCAGCAAUUUCAUUUCUAGAUAUAUACUCUAAAAAAUUUGUGCAAAGUAUAUGAGGCUGCAUGUACAAGAAUGUUCAUAGUAGCACUCUUCAUAACAGUCAAGAACUGGAAACAACCCAAAUAUCGAUUUUCAAUAGAAAAAAUGGGAAUAUUCAUAAAUGGAAUAUUAUACAGCAAUGGAAACUAAUGAGCUGGACCUACAUGCACCAACAUGGAUGAAUCAUACAAUGUAGUAUUGAACAAAAGAAGACAUUAAAAAUAAUACAUAUCAAGACAGUGAAAAGACAGCCUACAAAAUGGGAGAAACUAUUUAGAAACCAUAUAUCUGAUAAGGGUUUAAUAUCCAGAACA